AUGCCACUUACUACGAACUUACCAUAUAGUGAAAGAAAAAUGAGUCUACGAAGGUCCGCAGCGGCUACAUUACAGAAUGGAACAAUCAUCCAAGAAGAGAAGACAAAAAGCCCAGAAUUUGCUUAUCGGGAGUCACCUUUGACAGAUCUUAUAGCGCACUCCCUACAUAUAAAGGCCAUAUAUCACAUAUUUGUUGUCAUUCUAUUGAUAUUGUUAUGUGAUACCGUAGUGUACGAUCUUAUAGAAUGCGGAAGAAUAAAUAUCGGUGUAGGCUCAGUUGUGUAUGGGUUCGGUGACAUCAAACGUGGCGCUAAACUAUGGUUAUUCGAACUACUCAUCGCCGUGGCAUUUUAUCCAGGCAUGAGAUUGUAUGCAGAAGUUCAGAAGGCGACGAAAUCAUACCCAGGACUACGGAAAACAUGUUCGAUUAUCGGAUUAUUGGGUGUUAUUGCAUUGGAAAUAAUCCUAGUAGCUGUACCAGUACAGGAUUUGGCUAAAACUCAUUUAGCGAUAGGCUCUGCAGUUAUUGUCACGUGUGAAAUGUUCCGGUUUGCAAUGAAGUUAUGGGCCGUCGCUACAGCUUGUGCUACCCGGUGUCACGACGGAAGUCGUCCACUGCCUUCCUUCUCACACUAUGUUUAUUUUUUGUUCGCCCCUACUCUUAUCUACAGAGAUGAGUAUCCCAGAACAAAGAAGACAAAUUGGAAUAGAGUAUUAUUCCAUUUUCUGGAAGUAACAGCUAUUAUAUUUUAUAAUAGCUUUCUGUGGGAGAGAUUUAUUUUGCCGUACUGGUCAGAUUAUGGUAAAGAACCAACGGUGGAAGCCGGUAAGGUAGUACGUGGCAUGUUCGCAUGCGUACUGCCUGGAUUAAUUUCUUUUCUGUGUGGCUUCUAUUGCGUUUUGCACGCUUGGCAAAACGCGUUUGCGGAAAUGCUUAAAUUUGGUGACAGACUGUUUUAUGAGGAUUGGUGGACAAAAUCUCGUUUUUCUAGUUACUACCGCGCUUGGAACCGUGUAGUUCAUUCCUGGCUCCGGGACCAUAUCUAUCGACCACUGGCACCUCGCGCAGGUCGCGCUUUUGCAAUUCUUAUUGUAUUUGUAGUUUCGGCAGUUGCACAUGAAGUGAUACUAGCACUUUCCUUCGGGUUCUUUUACCCUGUGCUUCUGGUCGAAUUUGGUAUGAUUGGUCUGCUGAUGCUGCCCUUGACUGCUAGCAGUGGUCUACGAUUUCCAAAUGCUUUAAAUCUUUUAAUGUGGUUUUCAUUUUUUAUGGGCAAUGGUCUUCUGUGGAGCCUUUACCCAAUGGAAUAUUUUGCACGAAAAAAUUGUCCUCCAUCGGAUAAUGACAGCUUUUUUAUACCAAAAUCUUGGUCGUGUCCACAAGUAGUUUUAAAACCAAAUUGGACUUUCCAAAAUCCAUUUGACUUAAUAAAAUUUUAUAAA